AAGCUAGCUUAAUCCCAACAGCCAAACUCAAUGUGGGACGUGUCGGUGACAGGGUGCUAGGUAAUAAGUCAGAGUGACAGCCGGCCUGAGGUGCGUCCGGGAGCUAUAACCGCCGCAGAGGACACGCCUCGCCGUAUUCUGCGGAACCCGACCGCGGGACAUUUACACUGGCUGCUUAAAUAACGAGCCGCAAUGCUAUCCAUCACAAGCGCCAUCGUCAAGCACACCCGUGUCGUCCAGCGCGUGAGGCUGCUACACACUGCUCCUGCUGUCAAGAUGCCGAUUCAGGUUGGUGAACAUCUCCCCGCGGUGGAGGUCCAUGAGGGCGAACCAGGCAAUAAGGUGGCAAUGGAUAAGCUCUUCAAGGGGAAGAAGGGAAUCCUGUUUGCUGUACCUGGAGCUUUUACCCCCGGUUGUUCCAAGACUCACCUCCCAGGUUUUGUGCAGCAGGCAGAGGACUUGAAGGGUAAAGGUGUGCAGGAGGUCGCCUGCAUUUCUGUCAAUGAUGCAUUUGUCAUGGCUGCCUGGGGAAAGGAGCACGGAGCAGAUGGAAAGAUUCGAAUGCUGGCUGAUCCUACUGGAGCUUUUACAAAGGCAGUUGACUUGCUACUUGACAGUGAUCAGAUUGUGCAGGUACUCGGGAACAAGCGAUCAAAGAGAUAUGCUAUGCUGGUGGAAGAUGGAGUUGUGAAGAAGAUCAAUGUGGAGCCUGAUGGCACUGGGCUGACCUGCAGUCUGGCUUCCAAUGUGCUGUCUGAGUUGUAGGCUUCUUAAACCAAACUACAAACAGUCAUUGUAAAAGUUGCACUAAUAAAGCCCAGUACCGCCCUCUUCAAACCUUCUCUUUUUCCCAAACACAGAUCCAAAAGUCACAUGACAUUUCUUUCCCCCAGUUCUGUCAAAAACAGAACUGUGAUGUUAUUAAUGCGCACAACUAUGACAUGAAUGGUGACCCAAAAGAACUACGUUCCUGCUCUGUAUGCUGAUCCCUGGGAGUAAAUAAAUUGACGACUGAAAGUAAUAA